AUGGCACAGAGACAGCGCAGUUAGCACUCUCUGCUUGAUCUGAGUACAUGCACUGGCUUCUUAUUUUGAUGGAUUCGAAAUGGUUGUAUGCGGUACUUACGCUCUUCUUAUUAGAAGGGAUGUGGUGCCAAGGGUGUUUGGAGCAAGAGAGAAUUGCUCUUCUGCAACUCAAGUCUUUCUUCAAUGAUCCUUGGGAUCUAAGAAAUUGGGGGAGAGGAAAGGAAAAUUUAGAUUGUUGUCGAUGGGAAAGGGUCAAGUGCAACCGCUCCAGUGGACGAGUUAUCAGACUCCAUCUUAAUUACACACUGAAUAGUUGGAGUUACUCCAAGUUUUAUUUGAAUACCUCUUUGUUUCUUCCAUUUGAGGAAUUGAAGAGUCUCAGUUUGGCUGAGAAUGGAAUAGCUGGUUGCAUUGAAAACGAAGAUUUCCAUAGGCUUUCAAAGUUGAGUAAUUUGGAAUUCCUUGACUUGAGUGGCAAUGACUUCAAUAGCAGCAUUUUGUUACCUUUGAGUGAGCUUUCAUCUUUGAAGUCUUUAGAUCUUGCAGCAAAUGACUUUCAAGUGUCAAAGCAUUCUAAUGGUUUUAAGAGGUUUUUUAAGUUGAGAAGUUUGGAAAUCCUUGAUCUAAGUGACAAUUACUUAAAUAAUAGUAUCUUAACAUCUUUGAGUGAUCUUCUAUCUCUCAAAUCUCUAUAUCUAGUCAACUGCAACUUAAUGAUGGCAUCAAAUCAUACAAAGGCUGAUUUUGAAACCCUGUCAAGACUCAGCCACUUGGAAUUUCUCGACUUAAGUGAUAAUAUGGAUUUGAACGACAACAUACUAUCAUAUCUGAGUAGUCUUUCAUCUUUGAAAACUCUUAUCCUACGGUAUUGUGGACUAAAUGGGACUUUAAGUACUAGAGGUCCCAUGAGGUUUUUUAAUUUGAGGAAUUUGAAAAUCCUUGAUCUAAGUAACAAUUACUUGAAUAUUAAUAUCUUAACAUCUUUGAGUGAACUUCCAUCUCUCAAGUCUCUUAGUCUGGUACACUGCAACUUAAUGAUAACAUCAAGCCAUAAAGACGGAGUUGAUUUUGAAAAGCUUUCAAGACUUCGCCAUUUGGAAUUUCUUGACUUAAGUGAAAAUAUGGACUUGAAGAACAAUAUUCUAUCAUAUUUAAUUGAGUUUUCAUCUUUAAAAACUCUAACCCUGUCAAACUGUGGAUUAAAUGGAACUUUGAAUACAAGAGAAUUGAGUAAUCUGAGAAACCUAAAGGUAUUAGACAUCAGCGUUAAUAACAUUGAAAGACUCAAAUCUUUCCCAGGUGAACGAAAUUUGAGAUUUGUCUAUCUAGAGUUUCUUGAUUUAAGCUAUAAUUUCUUCAACAAUAGUGUGCUAUCUUUCAUUAAUAAAUUUUCAAAUCUAAAAUCCCUGAAUAUAAGAGAUAAUGAUCUAACAGGAUCAGUAGAUGCCACAGACUUUGAUGCUUUAAGCAACUUAAAAGAGUUAGACAUGAGCUACAACAACCUCAACCAAUUUUUUGCCACUAAAGCAAAUGCGAGCUUCAGUAAGUUAAAAACUCUUUAUCUCGAUGGAAUAUUUCCCAAGGAAAGCAGUGUGCCAGCACAGUUAUCAUUAAAUGCAUUCCCAUCACUUAAGAAACUCCAUCUGAUAGAAAACUAUCAUCUAAACCAAACUAUGUUUAUUCAAACUUUGCAAGUUUUGAGCAAUCUAAAGGAACUUUUCUUGGAUCAGUCCCCUCUUAGCAUAAACUUUCUCCAAAAUAUUAGUGUAUUGACUUCUCUCAAGUCAAUGUCUCUAAGAAAUUGUGGGUUAACAGGAACCUUACCAAUUCAAGGUUGGUGUGAUUUGAAGAACCUUGAAGAGAUGGAUCUUUCUGGAAAUGAAUUGGGAGGGAUGCUGCCUUCUUUCUUGGCUAACUUGACAUCUCUUCGACUUUUGGAUAUCUCCCAAAAUCUAUUCACUGGAAAUGUUGCAUCCUCUCCCCUAGCUGAUCUUAUUUUGCUUCGAUAUCUCUCAAUUUCAAAUAAUAAAUUUCAAGUUCCAGAUUCAUUCAAGUCAUUUGCAAACCAUUCCAACCUUAAAGUCUUCUUGAGUGAUUUCAAUCAAUUGGUUCUAGAACAUGAUCGUGUUCAAACAAGGGUUCCCAAGUUCCAACCAAGAGUCUUUAGUUUGUCAAACUGUAGGGCAAAUGAGGAACUCACCAAACCCCCUAGCCUUCUCUAUUACCUAUAUGACUUGAGAUAUGUCGAUCUUUCAUUUUACAAAUUUAUGGAAGCCUUACCUUAUUGGUUGUUUGAAAAUAAUACGAGAUUACAAGUUGUUGUCAUGAAGAACAAUUCUUUCAUGGGUUCUUUCCACUUGCCAUCACACCCUAAUCUUGAUGUUUGGGAAAUAGAUAUUUCAAAUAACCAAAUACAAGGUGAAAUCCCAUUAAAUAUUAGUUUGAUUUUUCCAUCUUUAAGAUUGUUAUUCUUGUCUGGAAAUGGCUUGGGAGGAAAUUUUUCCAAGUGGUUGGUUGGUAUGAACUCUUUAGAAGUUUUAGACUUGUCUAACAACCAAUUCUCUGGAACAUUACCAAAAGAUUUUGUUACAAGAAGCUUCUUAUCUUAUCUUAGACUUUCAAAUAACAACCUGACUGGGAAAAUACCUCUUAGUGUAUUUAAGUCUCAAUCAUUGGAUGCAUUGUUUCUAGACAGAAACAAUUUUGAAGGAGAGAUAUCCAAUUUCCAUUUUUCUAGGUCCUCAUAUCUAAACGUAUUGGACAUUAGCAACAACAAUUUGUUAGGAGAGCUUCCAAGAUGGAUAAAGAAUCUCACUUAUUUGAAAGAAUUGGAUUUGUCCAACAAUCACUUUAAGGGAUCAAUUCCAGAGGAAUUUUGCUAUAAUGCUAACCUUUGGCUUCUAGACUUGUCUCACAACAAUUUGUCUGGGUCUCCACCACAUUGCUCUAGUCCACCUUCACCAUACUUAUCACAUAUGUAUUUGAGUAGAAAUAGACUAAGUGGUCAAUUACCACAUUCAUUCUUCAACAUCUCUUCUUUGGAGAUACUAGAUCUUGGAGAAAACAACCUUUCUGGAAGCAUUCCAAAAUGGAUCGGCACCCUUUCUGACUUGAGUAUCAUGCGUCUAAAGGGUAAUCUCUUUUUUGGUGAAAUACCCAAUGAAAUAUGUGAGUUGGACCAACUACGAAUCAUGGAUUUGUCUCAUAAUCAACUCUCGGGUCAUAUACCUUCUUGUUUGGGACAUUUAAUUGGUGCUCCACAUUCAUUUUUCCGUUGGAGAACUAUUUGGGAAAUUUCAACAUUCAACAUUGACAUAUCCACAGAAAUGGAAAGCACAUUCAUGCAGGAGGUAUAUACACGAUUGGAUAAGUCUAUACAAGAUCGGGUAGAACUUGUUACCAAGUGGUGGUCUUACACUUAUGAAGGCAAUGUUCUUGGUUACAUGUCUGGAAUUGAUCUCUCUUGCAAUCAUUUAAUAGGCUUAAUCCCACUCGAAAUGGGAAACUUAAGUGACAUUCAUUCACUUAACUUGUCCCACAACAACUUAACCGGACCCAUACCUUCUACCUUCUCAAAUUUGAAGCAACUUGAGAGCUUGGACCUUUCUUUCAAUGAUUUGAAUGGUGAGAUUCCAUCUCAACUUACUGAGCUGAACUCUUUGGCUAUUUUUAGUGUUGCACACAAUAGUCUUUCAGGUCCUAUUCCAUCUGGAAAAGGACAGUUUGGAACCUUUGACAAAAGUAGUUAUGAGGAAAACCCUCUUCUAUGUGGACCUCCAUUGGAGACAAGUUGUGAGGAAACUGAUUCACAACAAAAGAAGAUUUGCCCUAUAACUUUAGCCCCUUGAAUCACUCAUAAGUAAAAGAAUUAAUAGACCGAUAGAAUAGUAACACCUGUUAAAACCAUCUUUACUUCAUCUCCCCUUUCUUCAUAAAAUGGGUAACCAAAAAUCUCAGAACUACUUCUCAAAAGCCUCUUGAAAACAAGCUGAUUUUUCAAACAGAAUCAAGCCUCUGUUAUUUG